AUGGAUUGUCGGAAAUUUGACCUAACGUUAAUAGAAGCCCAAGAUCUACAAGACGUAAGGAAGUUAUUCAAGAUGAAAGUAUACGCGCGAGUUUCGAUCGGGUCUAACCAGGAGGCGGAAAAGUGGACGCCGCCGGACAAACACGGCGAGGUAAAUCCGGCAUGGAAUUACACGAUGAAGUACACUAUAGGAGAUUCGAUGGUGUGUCAUUACGGUACGAUGCUCGUGAUAAAGUUGUAUUGUAGGAGGAAAUUGGGAGAUCGUUACGUGGGUGAAAUACACGCACAGAUGAAGGAUCUGUUUGAACACGCCCAGCCGUUCGGAGGGAGCGCAUCCGUGUGUUAUCCGGUGCAGAAAGGGUCGGUGAAUUCAAAAGGAGAGUUGAAGUUUUCGUAUAGGUUUGGUGAAAGGGUUAGUAUUGAUAAGUUGUUUCUUGCUCAAGGACUGGCCGAUUGGGCUAAAUGUUGUUCUUAA